AUGGAUACUGGCCUUCCCCGUCGUCUUGUCCUAUCCCUUCUGCUGCUGCUGCUGGCCUGUCAAAGUGUUCUGGCAGGCUUUGUGGUUGACCAGAACGGACAAGUAUGGGAAGUGACAUAUCGGCCAAGGUGGGCGAUUGUCAUCCCGCUGAUCAUCUCAAGCGUUCUUCUGCUCGGAGGCAUCGGCUUCCUCGCCUACUGGCUCUUCAAACGCCACUACGAAGAGAAUGACGUGUACUACGAGCAGGAGCAGCCCAAGCCCGCGGACGGCGCAACCGUGUAG